AUCAAACGUGACUUGGACGUGAAGCCAAAGCUUGUCUUCUCUACUGGACAUUAUGGCAAGGUGGCACAUCUGGUUGAUGGUGGCUGUUACAAUCUUUCAUAUCUUCCUGGCGGAAGGCAAGAACCACAGAGAAACUGAACUUAGAGACAUUAUCCACGGCCUCUCAAGGAAGAAACGUUUUGACUCAAGCGUCUUAAUGGCUCACUGUGGUUCGCUUGACAACCGAUGUCGCCAUAUACCUCUCGGCCGCUGUGUUCGAGCCUGUGUCAACGGCGUCGUGAAGACGGUGUGCAGGAUACCACACGCCAACUCUUCUGUCCACUCGUGUCUCGUGAUAAACACUCCAUCGACUUAGUCUUGUCCGACUUUCGCUAAAUCGUGGAUUUAUAUACCAUGCCUUGUGCUGAACCUAACGUGCUACUUUGGCGCCACUGAUAUAACCAUUUUGAAUGGCACCAUUUACGAUGUCAUGAUGGUUUUGAAUUUUUACAGUAACUCUGUAUGUUCUAUCCUCUUUGAUUCAUUUUGUCCCUGGGCAAAUAAUGGACCUCGCAGAUUUUUUCACACGCAGACAUUUCUUCACUUCUUUUAAAACACAUGCUUUUGAUGUAGCGUAACGAACAUUUUGUGGCUUUUAUUUAUUGAAUGUCGUAAAGUCCAUUAUCUUUAAUCUAUUUCUGGGGACUGAAACAGUCAUGUUUUACAAAUCUUCUGAGUCAAUACAUCACGCAAAAUACAAAACAACAAAGGAAGUUGGAAUUCUUUUUAAAUCGAUGAUGUUUCGUGGCUCUUUAGAAUAACCUAUUCACUAUACCAAAUGAAAAAAUAAGUGUGAUUAUCGACAGGUCUUACGGAAAAAGUUUCAUUGCAUUAUUCUCAUUUCAGUUGUUGCUUGUAUCAUUGAAAUACGCGACAAAGAUGCAAAUGAGUCCAGUGAUCGCAUAUUAUUUCUUACCUUAUUGAAGAGAAUGUUUGGUAGUUAAAGGCGUAUUUGAUUUCAUUGAUUAACUAAAUCAGUGAGAGGAAUAUAUUAUUUUGAGUUAAGGGCACAUACCCAUAAACCCGACUUUAUCUUGUCUAAUGUACACACCAUAUGACUUUGUAGGGGAAGGAGGCACAGUUUCGGAACAAUUACCCAAACAAUGGGGAAACGUUUGCUUAAGAUCUUAUAUAAUGACAACAUAGCAUUAUAAUUCACAGGACAAUAUCCUUAAACGGAGUUCUUAAUCAUCACUCUCUUUAUUCGAUGAACGUCAUCGCCAUUAAUAUGGAAUUGAAGUUAUCCUCAAAGCUUAGGGACAUGGUCGUUGAAUUGUUUGUUUCAUUGUUUUCUUAGGAGCUGCUCUUUACGCAUAUACUUUGUGCUUGUCAAGCGAUUAUUCAGCAUGAUCUGUAACAUUCCAAAAUAAACCAUUUUUAUCUUGUU